AUGGCCGCCCUCAAAAGCCGUCUUGGCUUCACUAACACGACGUCCUUCGUCCUAUUCUGCAUCUUCGGCGGCAUCCUCUUUCUCUUCUCAACUCUUCAGAUUCGCCUGAUGGACAUCGAUGGUUUCUUCUGCAAAGAGGGAGAUCCGUCGUCUGUACCGGGAGAAUGUUAUGUAUUUCAGAAGCCAGGCCUUAUGCGCUCUGGCAUGCUGUUACAUCUGGCGACGUUCCUACCCGCAGGAGCUCUUGUAUGUUUCCAGUUCAUACCGGCUCUUCGAAGACCGAAGUAUAUCAAGUUCCAUCACGUGAAUGGAUAUGUGGUCCUGGUCCUCUCAGCAUUGGGAACGGUUGCCGCAUUGAUUAUCGAGAGUAAGGCUAUGGGUGGGAUAUUCUCGAAUAGGGUUGGGACAUGGACUCUUGCGACGCUGGUUACUACUGCAACGGUUAAGGGUUAUGUCAGUAUCAAGAACAAAGAGAUUGAGAAGCAUCGUGUUUGGAUGCUGAGGGCCUGGUUCUGGGCAACAUCAAUAAUUACAAUGAGAGUGAUCCUCAUCUCUCUGGCUCAUAUUAUAGGCCAACGUUCCAGAUCGAUGACUAUGAGUUUGCCAUGCGCAGUUAUUGAGUACCUACACGAAAGCUUCCCCGGAACGAGACAGAACCCAUAUCCAAGUUGUGCAGCUUAUGUUUCGGGCGAGAAUCUGUUGCAAGAAGCGCUUGUGACGACGAAUUGGGAUCUGAAUGAUUUGCCAGGUAUAACGGCUGCUUUGAGAGUCGGAUAUGUUGUUGGAGGUUGGCUCGGUUUUCUUACUAAUGCAAUUGGGAUAGAAAUCUAUAUAUGGAAAACUGCACCUGCCCGAAAACUGAAAGUUUGA